AUGUCUUUACGAAAUAGAAAUAUUAAAAAAAAAGCUCAUGCUAUUAGUAAGAAGGUUCGGCAUAACUGGAGUGUUCGCAAAAAACUUAUAAUGGUUUAUUAUUUUAAACGUAUUAAAAAUGUAAGAGCAACUGCAAGGCGAUUUGAUAUUAAACCUAAACAAGUUCGUGACUGGCGAAAUAAGAAGCAAGAACUUUUAAAUGCAGCACCUUAUCUUUUAACACUCAAUCCUGGCCGACCAGCUCUGUAUCCCCUUUUAGAAAGAAGGCUAGUUGAAUGGGUCAAUGUGCUUCGUAGAAAACAGGCAGCCGUUACAUGA